UAGGGCUGUGGUGCGGCAGCUUGGGUGUUUUUCAGAGAAAAGCAGGACGCGUUGUAGGGCAUUUCCAGACUCUGGGAGGGUACGCGUUUACCUCUGGGAACGAGCCCGAGAUCCAGAGGGAUUUCCCAGUGGGAGUCUGUUAGGACAUCUGAGAUUUGCCUUAGUGACACAGCUCCUUUGGUGGCGUUUGAUGGGAGGGCAGCUGACCACUGCCUGCCCUGGCUGUUUGUUCCUUGUGCUAGCGCCGGUUCACCACUCCAGAGCUGACCUCUCCUUGCCUCCCCAGUUUUGUUCCUGGGGAAGCCCUGGGCGGUCCCAGAGGGUUGGAGGUGCCUUAUUGCUGUGGGCAGGGUGGGUUUCAGAAGAGCCACCUUUAUCUCACAGCUCCUGACUGCCCGCAGCACUGCACAGUCUGGAAGGAGGAGCGGGAAUCACCUGGUCACUAGUUUGGACUCGACAGCCUGAAGCAGAUGAGGAGAGAGGUUGUCAAGAGCAGGAGCACCAAUGGAGACGUCUCCAGCUCAUCCCAGGACCCUCAGCCCUCCAAGGUGGGACGUGGCUCUGUUCCCCAGCCCAGGAGUGGUGCUCAGCGUGCUUCAGGUAAGCUUUAUGAAGAGGAAGAGGAUGAUGCCCUGCCAGACUCAGACGCCCUGCCGGACUCAGAUGAUGAGGUGGAACUGGAUAAGCCACGCCCCAUACAGAUUGUCCUUGCUCAUGAAGAUGACCAUAACUUUGAAUUAGAUGAAUCAGCAUUGGAAAAAAUCUUGCUUCAGGAACAUAUUAAAGAUCUUAACAUAGUAGUUGUAUCUGUAGCAGGAGCUUUCCGUAAAGGAAAAUCUUUUCUGCUGGACUUCAUGCUUAGAUACAUGUAUAACAGGACUUCUCCUUGCUGGAUAGGUGGAAACAAUGAGCCAUUGACUGGAUUUACAUGGAGAGGUGGAUGUGAACGGGAGACCACUGGCAUUCAGAUUUGGAGUGAAGUGUUUGUAAUUGAUAAACCUAAUGGAACAAAGGUUGCUGUACUACUCAUGGAUACCCAAGGUGCCUUUGAUAGCCAAUCCACUAUCAAAGACUGUGCAACAGUUUUUGCCCUGAGCACCAUGACGAGCUCUGUCCAGGUAUACAACUUGUCUCAGAAUAUUCAGGAAGAUGACCUUCAACAUUUGCAGUUGUUUACAGAAUAUGGAAGACUAGCUAUGGAAGAAAUUUACCAAAAGCCGUUUCAGACAUUAAUGUUCUUAAUUAGAGAUUGGAGUUAUCCUUAUGAACAUGCAUAUGGCUUGGAAGGAGGAAAAAAGUUCCUAGAGAAAAGGUUGCAGGUAAAGCAAAACCAACAUGAGGAGCUACAGAAUGUAAGGAAGCAUAUUCACUCCUGUUUCAGUAAUCUUGGGUGUUUCCUGUUGCCCCACCCUGGUCUUAAAGUUGCAACAAAUCCAAAUUUUGAUGGGAGAUUGAAUGAUAUAGAUGAGGAUUUUAAGAAUGAACUGCGGAAUUUGAUACCGUUACUGCUUGCCCCUGAAAACUUGGUAGAAAAAGAGAUUAGUGGAUCCAAAGUGACCUGUAGAGAUCUUGUAGAAUACUUCAAGGCUUACAUUAAAAUCUAUCAAGGAGAGGAGCUACCUCAUCCGAAAUCUAUGCUGCAGGCGACAGCUGAGGCGAACAAUCUUGCUGCUGUGGCAGGAGCAAAAGACUUGUACAGCAAAGGCAUGGAGCAGGUGUGUGGGGGAGAUAAGCCUUACAUUGCCCCGUCGGACCUGGAGCAGAAGCACCAGGAUUUCCGAGAGAGCGCCAUCCGGCAGUUCCGCUCCGUGAAGAAGAUGGGAGGGGAGGAGUUCUGCCGGCGCUACCAGGAGCAACUGGAAGUGGAAAUCGACGAGAUCUAUGCAAACUUUGUGAAGCACAACGAUGGCAAAAACAUCUUUUAUGCUGCUCGUACCCCUGCCACUCUAUUUGCAGUCAUGUUUGCCAUGUACAUAAUCUCAGGACUGACUGGGUUCCUUGGCAUGAACUCCAUAGCUGCCCUGUGUAAUCUCGUGCUGGGGAUGGCUCUUAUAUCGUUUUGUACUUGGGCAUACGUUAAGUACUCUGGGGAAUUCAGAGAAGUUGGAACAGCCAUUGAUCAGAUCGCUGAAGCUAUAUGGGAACAGGUGUUUUCCAAACUCUUUGAAGUCCUUAGACGCCGAACGGUUCGUCGUGCUCUUACAUCAGUGCCGCGACAGCGACUCUCAUCCAACAAUAACAAGAAGAAAAACUAGCCAGUGUUGAAGCCCAUGAGUGAUAAUUUGAUGGAGGAUCACAUGAGGCAGUCUGUAAAAAACUCUAUCAAAGCAGGCCUGACCGAGCAGGUGGC